UUCAUUGUGCAUUAUAACGUUACACUGAAAGUUGAUAUUUAAACUUUACCACGUUUUGUGUAUUUUGUGAAACCCGCGUUACUUAUAAUGUCACCUAAAAAGCAACGUGCUUGUAAAAGAAAAAAUAUUUUAUCAAAAACUAAACUUAAAUUAAGAAUGAAGAAUAUCCAGAAAAGAUUCCAUAAAGAUAAGUCAAAAUUGAAUGAAAUACCACAUAAUGAGUCAACUUCAAAUUAUGAUGAAAAAUAUCAUCCUAUAACAAAUAUCACUUCAUUCAAUCAUAAUUUACUUCAAAAUAGUAUUAAUCCGGAUUUAUCAAUCAGUAUGGUCAUACAUGAUACGCCCUCCAGUUCUGAAAUGACAGAAUGGUCACAAUCCAAUGACUAUAGUACAUCGGAACAUAGUUUAAGUAUCCAUAUGGAAAAAAAUAGUGUUUCAUCGAUUAGUGAAAAUGAACCGAAUAACCAAGAAUUAAGUGGUAGAAGAAUUGUGAAUAUAUCACAUUUAAUUCAACAAAUUCAAAAGCGUCAUGUUGGCCCAUAUGAUUGCUCGUUUGUCGACAUGGAAUAUGAGUCAGAGGUGAUCUAUGGCUUUUCAUCAGUUAUCACAUUCAAAUGUAAAGUUUGUAACAUAAAAACUAAAUUACAUACAGAGGAUAUGAAACAGUCGGAGAUGCGAAUAAAUAAAGCUGUCGUAAAUGCUUGUCAUGCAAUUGGAAUUGGUCAUACUCAGCUACAAGAAUUCGCGGGAUUUCUCGACUUGCCUGUUUUGUGUAGUAGAGGUUUUUUGAAUAUUCAAACUGAGGUAGCCGAAGUAGUUCAUGCUACUGCAUGGGAUGAAAUGAAGAAAGCCGGCGACGAAGAAAGAAAAUUAGCAUUUGAAUCUGGUGACGUAGAUAUCGAUGGCACGCCAGUUAUUACUGUUGUCACUGAUGGCCAAUGGUCCAAGCGAAGCUACAAGACCAAAUAUGACGCAUUAUCUGGAGCAGCAACAAUAAUUGGACUAAAAACUCAAAAAGUUUUAUUUGUUGGAAUACGUAACAAAUAUUGUAUAAUUUGUCAAAGGGCUUCAAGUAUGAAAAUUAAAAAUGUACCAGAUCACAAAUGUUUUCUUAACUGGAAAAAAGCUUCAACAUGCAUGGAAGCAGAUUGCAUUCUGGAAGGAUUUUCUAAAAGCAUCGAAAUGCAUGGUCUUAAAUAUAACUGUUUGAUUGGUGAUGGCGAUAGUAGUGUAACUAAACGAUUGGUAGAAAGUCGACCAUAUGGCAUUGAAUUCAAUAUUAAAAAAAUUGAAUGUAAAAAUCACCUUUUGAGAAACUAUACUUCAAAACUUACAGCUAUGGCCAGAAACACAAAGUAUCCACUUCGUGUUCGCAAGUUCAUAUUGUCAAAUAUUCUGCGGUUUAGAAGUGAUGUUCAAAAAGCUGCCCUUCAUUGGAGAAAAGAAGCAGGACUAACCAAAUUACAAAAAAUUAAAGGUCUUAAGAACGACUUAAUUAAUGCACCCUAUCAUAGACUUGGCCAACAUACAAAAUGCAGUUCAUACUUUUGUACUGGAUCAAAAGAAACAACUAUAAAUUUAGUUCCAGAGGCGGAAACUGGAGAGAUGAUGAGAGAAAUAUUAAAUAUUUCUUCUAGACUCGUUUCUCAUUCAGAAAGUUUAUUAGAAAACAAGACCUCUAAUAUUUGUGAACAAUUUAAUUCUUUGAUUAAUAAACACGUAGGAGGUAAGAGAUUGAACUUUUGUGGAAGAGGCAAUUAUAAUACGAGGGUAGAGGCAGCUGUUGUGGCAUUCAACUCCAAAGAAUAUUUAAGACAAAUACAUAAAAAAACAAGUAACUGCAGUCCAGGAAAAUUCGGUAAAAAGUUUUUAUUGAAUCACGAAAGAAUAAAGUGCAAUACUAGUAGAAGACGACAAUUAUUCCCCGAUAAGAGAAAAUGCAAAAAACCUAAAUCAAAUGGUGCGGAUGAAGACUAUGGACUAGCAGAACCGCUUAUAGAAAUAUUUUCACCGGAAGAAAUUGAGAUGAAAAAAAAUAAUUUUUUGGAAUCUUUAGGUCAAGCUGAUGUUAAAAAAAUUGAAAUUGAAACGAGAGAUCAGAGCAACAAUGCAAUGUGGUACAGUGAACGAAAGAAACGCUUGACUGCCUCUAAUUAUGGUCAGAUAUGUAAGAUGCGAUCCAACACAAGCUGUAGAAAUGUAGUUUAUAAUAUUUUAUACGCACCUGAUGUUCAGUCAAAAGCAUUGCAGCAUGGAAAAAUAAUGGAAGCUAAAGCUCGACAAGAAGUUGAGCGGUUAUUAAAUAAAAUUGUCAACAAUAGUGGUUUGGUAGUAGAUCCAGAUUUUCCAUAUUUAGCCGCUAGUCCAGACGGUGUAAUAGAAGAAAAUUAUUUGGUGGAAAUUAAAUGUCCGUAUUCUGCUCGUGACUCGAGUAGUGCUGUAGAAGCAGUAGAAAAUAAACUAUUACAAUAUUGCAAGUUUGAAAGUGCUAAAUUAAAGUUAAAAGAAAACCAUGUGUACUUUUAUCAAAUAAUGGGUCAAUUACACUCUACACGUAGAGAGAAAUGUUUUUUUGUAAUUUAUACUAACAAAUGGAUAAAUAUAGAGGAGAUAUACUACAAUCAAACAUUUUGGAACGAAAAAAUGUCAAACCAACUUAGAAUGUUUUACAUGGAGUGUUUACUACCAGAGAUUGUAGAUCCCCAGUUCCCAAAGAGAUUGCUCAAAUCAGAUAUAAAAGAACCAAAAAAAAUAUCAAAAAACACAAGAAAAAAUUAAUAUAUAUAAAAUAAUUAAAAAUUUGUUUGAUUAAUUAUUUUUCUUUUUUUUCCUUCGACUCUAUAAUGACUUUUUUCAAGGUAAAACCACACUGCACUAAAAUCUAACAUAUGACUGUAAAUUUAAGGUGAUUGUGUCAUGGAUAGUGACACUGCAUUAAAAGAUAAAAAAACUUUUAUUCUCUAUUCUCGGUCGAAAAGAAUCGAUUUAUAAUCAGUAAAAAUUUUAAUAAUUA